AGCCCGCCCCCGGCUCGGGGUGCGAAUCCGGUGCCUGCAAGCGGCGGGAGAUGCUGGAGGUUCGCGAGCCGAAGCGGCUGCAGCUGGCGCCGCGUCUGCCCCUCGUGCCCGGAGCUGAUUUUGCCCUCCACCCCCGGAGCCCUCGGCCACUGAACCCGCGAUCGUUCCUCCCUGUGACAGACCAGCGCUGCAGCUCAGAGCCCGGCAAUGCCGUUUGGGUGUGUGACUCUGGGCGACAAGAAGAACUAUAACCAGCCAUCGGAGGUGACGGACAGAUAUGAUUUGGGACAGGUCAUCAAGACUGAGGAGUUCUGUGAGAUCUUCCGGGCCAAGGACAAAACAACAGGCAAGCUGCACACCUGCAAGAAGUUCCAGAAGCGGGAUGGCCGCAAGGUGCGGAAGGCAGCCAAGAACGAGAUAGGCAUCCUCAAGAUGGUAAAACAUCCCAAUAUCUUGCAACUGGUGGAUGUGUUUGUGACCCGCAAGGAGUAUUUCAUCUUCCUGGAGCUGGCCACGGGGAGGGAGGUGUUUGACUGGAUCCUGGACCAGGGCUACUACUCGGAGCGAGACACGAGCAACGUUGUGCGGCAGGUCCUGGAGGCCGUGGCCUACCUGCACUCACUCAAGAUCGUGCACAGGAACCUCAAGCUGGAGAACCUGGUUUACUACAACCGACUGAAGAACUCAAAGAUCGUCAUCAGUGAUUUCCACCUGGCUAAGCUAGAGAAUGGCCUCAUCAAGGAACCCUGUGGAACCCCGGAGUACCUGGCCCCAGAAGUUGUGGGCCGGCAGCGGUAUGGACGUCCUGUGGACUGCUGGGCCAUUGGAGUCAUCAUGUACAUCCUGCUUUCAGGGAACCCACCUUUCUAUGAGGAGGUGGAGGAGGACGACUAUGAGAACCAUGAUAAGAAUCUUUUUCGCAAAAUCCUGGCUGGAGACUAUGAAUUUGACUCUCCGUACUGGGAUGACAUUUCCCAGGCAGCCAAAGACCUGGUCACAAGGCUGAUGGAGGUAGAACAAGACCAGAGGAUCACUGCAGAAGAGGCCAUCUCCCAUGAGUGGAUUUCUGGCAACGCUGCUUCUGAUAAGAACAUCAAGGAUGGUGUCUGUGCCCAGAUUGAAAAGAACUUUGCCAGAGCUAAGUGGAAGAAGGCUGUCCGAGUGACCACCCUCAUGAAACGGCUCCGGGCACCAGAGCAGUCCAACACAGCUGCAGCCCAGUCUGCCCCAGCCACAGACACUGCCACCCCCGGGGCUGCAGGUGGGGCCACAGCUGCAAGUGGAGCUGCCCCAGGCCUUGGGGCCAGUGCCACCCCAGCCACGGCAGGUGAUGCUGCUCUUGCCGCAAAGAGUGAUAAUGCAGCUCCUGCAGACCGUAGUGCCACCCCAGCCACAGAUGGCAGUACCACCCCGGCCACUGAUGGGAGUGUCACCCCAGCCACAGAUGGGAGCAUUACCCCAGCCACUGAUGGGAGUGUCACUCCAGCUACCGACAGGAGUGCUACUCCAGCCACUGAUGGGAGAGCCACACCAGCCACGGAAGAGAGCACUGUGCUCACCACCCAAAGCAGUGCCAUACCAGCCACCAAGGCAGCUGCCGCCCCUGAGCCGGCUUUGACCCAGCCGGACAGCACAGCCCCAGAGGGGGCAACAGGCCAGGCUCCACCCUCUAGUAAAGGGGAAGAGGCUGCUGGCUCUGCCCAGGAGUCUCGGAGGGAGGAGACCAGCUGAGUGGGCAGGCUGGUGAGGGAGGGGGGAAGAGGGAAGAGGGAUGGGCAGGAGGGUGGGGAAAUGGAUGAGGGGCUUCUCACUGUACAUAGAUUCACUGGCAUGAUGCCCUCGCUCCCCCCGCCCAUGCUGCCCAGAGUGGGGCAUGCCAGGGGGCCACGGGAGAGCAGUCUCAUCUCCUGUGUAUAUGUAUGUGAGUGGCGGGCAGGCCAGAGGCAGGGUUGGCCCAGCCCCUGCAUGGAUUCCUUGUGGCUUUUCUGUCUACUGCUAGCUUUACCAGUUUCUGUUCCUUGUGGGAUGCUGCUCUAGGGAUAUUCAGGAGGUCCCUGCUUCCCUUCCUUUGCCUCACAAUUCCCCCAGGCAGGCCCUGUAGGUCCCAUCCUCUCCCAGGCCCUAAACUUGGGUGGCCUUGCCCUGAGAGCUGGUCCUCCAGCGAGGCUCUGUCAGUGGCUUUAGGCUCUGGCAUGUAAAGGUACGUGCCUGUGUGAAGGUAUGUUGGCUGCUUUAGUAGACACAGGCUGGUAUA